GAAAAAACAACAAAACAAACAAGGCGAAGUGAAGGAAAAAUAGAAAGAAAAAAAUCUGAAAUCUGUGAAAUCUGAAAGCACUCAAACAGUCGACCCAGCAGGAAUAACAGAAACUGAAAGCAAAGUUAACAACUUCAGUUCUCUGCCAGCAGCGUUGCAACGUGCACAAAAAUUAAUUUCCUCACAGUUCCGCAGUGCGUCUACGACAACUGAACGAAAGCCGUGUACCAAAUAAUUUCGUUAACGCUACGUUACAAUUAAAGUAAUUCAAAAUGCCUCCAAACACAAAUGUGGAAGAAUCGCAAACAAUCGAGCCCGCGUCUGAACCAGAAGUCGCUAAUCAAAAUGCUGAGGAAUCAACACAUCAGUCGGCGUUCCGUGAAAAUGCACAACAGAUAGAAAAUCAAAUGGUUCAAAGAGAAACGACAACUUUGAUUAGUAAAAUAACAACAGAAGCUGAGGAAGAAAAAACUACAACUACCGCCACGCCUGUCUUUAAAAAAAUUGAACAUGCCAGUGAAGUGGUUACUGAAGUAAUUGCUGAGAAGACUGGCUUGCCUACAUGGGGUGUUGUCGCCAUUAUAAUACUUAUUUUUCUAAUUGUAUUUGGUAUUAUAUUUUUCUGUGUACGUAGAUUCUUAAAAAAACGACGGACUAAAGAUGGUAAGGGUAAGAAAGGUGUCGAUAUGAAGUCGGUUCAAUUAUUAGGAUCGGCCUAUAAAGAAAAAGUUCAGCCUGAUAUGGAGGAAUUAACUGAAAAUGCUGAAGAAGGGGAUGAAGAAGAUAAACAAAGUGAACAAAAGUUAGGCAGACUUAAUUUUAAGCUUGAGUAUGACUUCAAUUCAAACAGUCUUGCUGUAACUGUUAUUCAAGCCGAAGAAUUGCCAGCGCUUGAUAUGGGUGGUACAUCAGAUCCGUAUGUUAAAGUUUAUCUUCUACCAGAUAAAAAGAAGAAAUUCGAAACCAAAGUGCAUCGGAAAACGUUGAGUCCAGUUUUUAAUGAAACCUUUACAUUUAAGAGUUUACCCUAUGCCGACGCUAUGAAUAAGACCCUUGUAUUUGCAAUAUUUGAUUUUGAUCGUUUCUCCAAACACGAUCAGAUCGGUGAAGUUAAAGUACCACUUUGCACAAUUGAUUUGGCGCAAACCAUCGAAGAAUGGCGAGAUUUGGUCAGCGUUGAAGGAGAAGGUGGUCAGGAAAAGCUGGGUGACAUUUGCUUCUCACUACGUUAUGUACCUACCGCUGGCAAAUUGACUGUUGUUAUAUUGGAGGCUAAGAACUUGAAGAAAAUGGACGUCGGUGGAUUGUCUGAUCCAUAUGUGAAAAUUGCAAUCAUGCAAAAUGGAAAACGUUUGAAAAAGAAGAAGACAAGUAUCAAAAAAUGCACCCUCAACCCUUACUAUAAUGAGUCGUUCUCAUUUGAAGUACCAUUUGAACAAAUACAAAAAAUCUGUCUCGUCGUUACUGUUGUGGAUUAUGAUCGUAUUGGUACAUCUGAACCGAUUGGACGCUGCAUAUUGGGUUGCAUGGCUACUGGUACUGAGUUACGACACUGGUCAGAUAUGUUGGCCUCUCCGCGACGACCAAUUGCUCAAUGGCAUACACUCAAGGACCCAGAAGAGACCGAUGAAAUUCUGAAGAAUAUGAAAUAAAUUGUUGUGCUGUCUUAACAUGGAACGGUAUAAGGCUUGAGCAAAUAUUUUUUAACUGAACAAAAACCAACCAAUCUAAUCAUAAAAUCAGCAACAAUCUUAAUAAAUAAAAUAGUUAAAAAUUAAAUAAAAUAGUUAUGUAAAAUUGAUUGAUUUGUACUUUGAAAGAUACUUGGAAUGGAAGGCGUGAGUUCCAGCACAGAAUUUUUACAAGUAGCACACGUACACAGUAGUAAAGUAGAAUAAGCGUCUUUCGACAAAUCAAUCAAUUGUGACAACAAAUUAAUCAUCAAUCAACAUUGAAUUAGCAUUGUUUUUUUAAAUGUCAAAUCGAAAAUCGCUUCAACUGGAUCUCAAAAUCAUUCAAAAUUGACAUUCCAAAAUAAAGUGAGCAAGUCUUCUGCGUUGGAAACUAGCUGGUGCAAUAGCACAGUGAGAAUUAUUGCACAGCAUCUAAUGGAAGUCAUACAUGCAAAUAUACAUAUAUAUAAGAGAAUAUACAAACUAAAUAAACUAACAAAUUUAUAAAAAUAUUUAAGAAAUAAAUAAUUCCAUGCAUAAACUUAAAAGCAGAAACUAUGUUAAAUUAUUUGUAAAAC